AUGAGUAGCAAGCUUUGGGAGUUUUUCAUUCAAGAUGAUGUGGAGAGCUUCCACCGGUUCCUGGCGAACGCAACGUUCGCCGGACCGCGAGCUGGAGGAGCGCCCGGAGGUGCCGCAGUUAAUGGCGCAGCGGCGUCAAGUCUGUCGGCCAAGGUUGGAAGCCCUGGGUCAAUGAUCGCCUCGUCUCCCAAUCCUCCGAAAUCGAAGAAACCAUACGCACCAUCUCCCGGAACUUCCUUCCCCGAACGACCGGCCUUCCAGAAGGGUAGUAUCGCAUUAUCUCGCGCCGAUGUUAAUGCCCGCGAUCACUAUGGCAGAACGCUCCUUCAUCACGUUGCAUCAUCUCCGAAACCCACGGCCGCCAGCUUUGCGCGUAUGUUGCUUGAGAUUCCGUUCUUAGAUAUCUAUGCGCAGGACUGGGAGAGCGGGUGGACGGCUCUGCAUCGGGCCCUCUACGCGGGAAAUGCCACAAUCGCCCAGGCGCUUAUGGCGCGUGACAUGCGCGAUGUGACGGAUUUCAGCAAAGUGGGAAACACAGGGCAUCCAAGUGGUAGCUUGAUCAAGAUCAAGGACCGUGAAGGCUACAGUCCAUUUGACAUCUAUGGAGCGACUAUCACAUCCCGAGAUAUCAAACAAAUGACUUUCACGGCGGGGUGGACAGACUCGAUAGUCCCAGAUGCUGCAGAUAGUGAUGCUGGUUCAAAUGCUGCGUCUAAUUAUGGAGACGAUGGUGAGGACGAGGCCUACGUUACCCGGAGCAUCCUAAAGCCGCGGAGCGAUUUCUCCGCCGACGAGGUUUUCACCCUGGGCAGCAACAAAAACUUGAACCUCGGGCUUGGAGAUCAAGACGAUCGUCAGUUCCCCGAGAGGGUCGUACUGAAGCGUCCAGAUCAUCUGCUUCAACGUUUCUACCGCGAAUAUGAGGAGAACAUGGAGCGUCUUGGUCUUGAGGAUACUCUUGACCAUAGCAACUCGAGAGACCUGCCGACUUUGAUCAAAAACAAGCCAAUGAAAUAUCAGAAUGUGAUCAUGUCAAAGCUGCAUACUGCCAUCAUCACAGAUGACCCUGAGGCCAACUUGUUUAUGUGCGGGUUUGGACCCGGCGGUCGUUUGGGAACUGGCGAUGAAUCGACCCGAUUUACUUUUGUCUGCAUCGAGACCGGCGGUCUGGCUGGGAAGAAGGUUAUAUAUGUUGCCUUGGGACAGGACCAUAGCUUGGCAAUCACCGAUCAUGGUGAGAUUUUCAGUUGGGGAAGCAACAGGUUCGGACAACUUGGUUAUGGCCUACCCAGGACAAGCAAUAAGAAUGAUGUCCCAAUUCAGAGUACCCCGCGGCAGAUCUUCAAUCCUUUCAAGAAGGAAAUGAUUAUCGGAGCGGCGGCAUCCUCGAUUCACUCAGUUGUCUUCACUGAUUCGGGUCUGUACACUUUCGGCAAGAAUGAAGGUCAAUUGGGAUUAGUUGACUCUGAUGCCCGCUCUCUUGAAGUCCAGACAACACCUCGACGUGUUGGUGCCUCGCUCUUCAAGAGUCCAAUCCAAAUGGUCUCCGCUAUUGACCGCGCUACUGCUGUGCUUCUUCAGAACCACGAAGUUUGGGUCUUUUCGCAGUAUGGCUAUUCCAAGCUCUCUCUGCCAUUGGAGUCUACCUCCAAGUUCAUUAGGGAUAGUUUCAUGGCAACACGAUACGGCGGCUCGGUGAAUCGCGUGGUCAAGCUGGCAUGCGGCGGUAACACAAUUUGCGCCUUGUCGAGCUCUGGUGACGUUUUCACUGUCCAAGCAAACAAGCCUGACGAGCCUUCAGCAUUGACAUCAACAACCAACCCAGCCAAAAUCCGUAACUCUUUAGCUGCUCCUAUGAGGGCCUGGUCCGUCAAGAAGUCCCAUAUGGCUGCCAGCGACGUUGAUGUGGGACAAGAUGGAUCCAUCAUCAUUUGCACGACCUCAGGCUCGGCCUGGAGAAAAGAAAAACGGACCAAAAACAAAGAGGGCGCGUCCAAAGAAUACAAGUUUGCCCGCAUCCCGGGUUUGUCUAGGGCCGUGGCUGUACGCAGCAAUGCGUACGGGGCGUAUGCUGUCGCUCAACGUGACUGUGAUGUGACCCGAGAGCAGGUUUAUACCGACCCAAGUACACUUUGGGAUGACUUGUUGCCGCUGUCACCAUUCAUGAUGCCCGAGCCCGAUGAUGUGGAUAUGAUGAUCGCAGCGGACGAUGCGGAGGAUCCUGUUGCGUUGUCUUCCGCGGUGGCCAUCAAACGUGACAUUCUGACCUCAUCGGAAAUGGAAGAUAAAUUUCUCUCCAUAGGCUCAGAAGGCACUAUCUGGGUGACUAGCUCGCUCUCGGAUGCACGAAUCCCAGCACACGAAUUCCUCUUGAGCGGUCGCAGUCCUGUUCUUCGCAAGGCGCUGCACGAAUUCCGGGAGUCGUACUAUGCUUCCGUGCCUGAUGUCCUCGAUAUCGAGUAUGGCAAGGAUGGGCACAUCCAGAUCCGUUUGCUAGGUGCUGAUUUCCUGACUGUCAUGAAUGUCGUCUUCUUCCUCUACACGGACAGUAUCAUCGAUGUCUGGCACAAAGCGAGCACUCCAACUCAAAAUGGCGCCCGUUACCGCCAAGUGCGUACGGAGGUCAUGCGAGUGGCUACUCAACUCGGUCUGCCAACAUUAGAACGUGCGGCCCGCUUGAUGGUUGAGCCGCAGCCGAGCCUGAAGACCGAUAUGGCACAUGCCAUUAAACACCUGUCCUUCUUUGAUGAUGCUGAUGUUGUGAUUCAACUGAAUGGCGGUUCUGUCAAGGUUCACAGCCAAGUGGUUUGCCAGCGCUGCCCUUUCUUCGAUGCCCUGUUCAAUGGACGUUCGGCUGGCAGGUGGCUUGCGCAUCGGCGAAAGUCUCCCUCAGAGAGUGUGCAUGUUGAUCUCAAGCACAUCGACCGAUCGACUUUCGAUUUUGUCUUGCGUUACCUAUACGCCGAUACGGAAGAGCAGAUGUUCGAUCAAGUACGGUCGAAAGAUCUCGACGACUUGAUUGACCUGCUUCUCGAUGUGAUGUACGUCGCCAAUGAGUUGAUGAUCGACAGACUUUCUCAAAUCUGCCAAAAGAUGCUUGGUCGUUUUGUCAACACACGCAACAUUUCGUAUCUUCUCAAUUCCAUCGCUCCAGUCUACGUCCGCGAGUUUAAGGACGCAUCCUUGGAGUACAUUUGUCUCAAUCUCGAAGACAUGCUUGCAAACAGACUCUUGGAAGGGCUUGAUGAGGAACUCCUCAGCGAACUUGACUCGGUUUGUCACGAGAAUCAGCUGGCGUGCUUACCUAUAUCUCGAGGACGCAACUCAGAGGAUUAUGUUUUUGAGAAGUACCCCGAGAUUGUCAGUUCCGUGGAGAUGGACAAGCGACGUCGGAUUGAUGCAAUGGCUUUGCAGUCUCGUUUGAGCCAAGUCGAAUCCUAUGAUGUGCGACCGAGACAGCCUAGUGUGGCGACCACGCCAGUGCGCAAGGGCAAGGCCAGCAUUUCCAGGGACUCGGGAAGCCUCCUUACCAGUCCUACUUUGAAACCAAGACAGUCAACCGGUGACCUGAUGUUCCAAAUGGACGAGGAAGGUGCACUUUCUCCCGGGGACACCAAGGGCAAGGCUGUGAUGCGCGGAAUGAAAUUCGGAGGGACUCCGGAGAAUCGGUCUUAUCCCGAUUCUCCAGCAUUGGGAGCAAGCAUACCAGAAGCCGAGUCCCUUGAAGAACGUGGCUUUUUGGAUGAGCAGAUGUCUUCGCCGCAAGAUAUACCACUUACCCAGUCUCCUACGGAAUCUCGGGCAAUUGCCAUGCAUCAAAAGCGUGGUAUGGCAUCGCCACCAGACUCCUCAGCACCGUGGGCCUCUCCGGUAAUCUCAAGCGAUAAGAAGGACCUCAAAGAUAUUAUGGGUGAAACCUCCCAGUCCCGGGUAUCAAACCUUACAUUGGGCAUGGAGGGACGAUGUGAGGCAAGUGGUAACUUUAAGAUGUCCCAAAAAGAGCGAAGGAAGAUGCAACAGCAGCAGUUGCAAGACAAGCUUGCUGCCGAAGAGAAGGCGAAGGAGGCUGCAAAGAACCCAUGGGCGCUACCAUCUCCGGCUACACCUUCAAAGCCCGCCAAAGAUCCUCUCCCGGGGCAAAACAGACUCAGCUCACCUGAGCCAUCGAAAACUGCACAGAAACCUUCGAUGACUAUGCGUCAAACUGUGGCGGGGACACCUCCACCGAAGCCGAUGGCUACACCGAUACCGUCCCAAGGCCGCAAUGUCUCUAGCAGCAUGCAGCCAUCUUCCUUUUCGAAGCCUUCACCCUCGGGGCCUCCAACACCAGCCCAACAAGCUCUUCCAAAGGCAUCGCCCCAACCUGCAAUUCAAUCUGUUCGUCAUAUCCCACGUCCAGAGCCCUACCUAUCAGGCUUCAACUCCCCAUCCAGUGGCUCUCUCUCCCUCGCAACCAUCCUGCAGCAACAACAGAUCGAAAAAGACGUCAUCCGGGAGGCAGCCACGGCCAAGCACAACCUGCAAGAAAUUCAGGCCGAGCAAGAAUUCCAAGCCUGGUGGGAUCAAGAGAGCAGGCGCGUGCAGGGCCUCCUUGACCCGGAACCCGCGCAACAGCCCAACGGCAAGGGUGAACGAGGCGGGAAGCCUUCUGGUACAUCCGGAACGCCCCGUAAGCGCGGAGGCAAAAAGAAUGCCGCUGAUGGGGCUGGUUCUCAGGCCCACAAACAGUCUAUACCAUCUCCAGCUCCAGCCCCAGCCUCAGCCCCUUCCAUACUUAAGAAGAGUGCGAAUAUCCCAACACAACCGCGGAACACACACAAUCAGAGUCCCAAUGGUGGUGCCAACAAAGGCCCUCGUCGUGGACAUGGGAAUCGCAGCAAAGGGAAAGACAAGGCCUAA